UCUAUUUCUUUCCAAAUUCCAGGCUGGUGAUCUGUUUUCUAGCAUACCAAAUUCAACAACCGACUUCCUUUCUCCUUUUCCUCCUUAUAUUCCCCCCCUUUUCCUCCUCUUGCUUUCCUUCAUCUUCAAUCAUUUGAUUCAAUUAACAACAACCCCCAAUAAGAGAAGCAGCAGAGAAAUCCCAAAUCCCCAAACUUCUCUCAAUCGAGAUCGAUCAUGGCUGAAGAGCAGAGAUGCCAAGAAGGCCAUCGCCUCUGUGCCAACAACUGUGGCUUCUUCGGUAGCCCCGCCACCCUCAACCUCUGCUCCAAGUGCUACAGUGACUACCGCCUCAAAGAAGAUCAAGCCUCAUCGGCCAAGAUAGCUGUCGAAAAAUCUCUCCUUCCGUCCUCCACCGCCUCCUCCUCCUCAAUCUCAUCCACUGUUCAUGCUGAUCUAUCUAUCCCCGCAACCGCCACGACCGUGUCCGACGUGCCUGCGCCUGCGGCGCUGCCGGAGCGGCCUCAGGCGAGUCGGUGCGCGUCUUGCCGAAAGAGGGUAGGGCUCACGGGGUUCCCUUGCCGGUGUGGGGCCACCUACUGUGGGACCCAUCGGUACCCGGAGAAGCACGGGUGCUCCUUCGACUUCAAGGCGGCGGGGCGUGAGGCCAUCGCCAAAGCCAACCCCAUCGUCCUCGCUCCCAAGCUCGACAAGAUCUAAACGGCGAUGACGACGAUGACGCUGAUGUUGAUUCCAUCUGGACCGUUCUUAUUGUUGCUUCACCUCGCUCUCUAGCCAUUGAUCAACGGCUCGGAUCGCUCUACUGGCGGUUCCCGGAACUCUCGCCGGAGAUUGUGAGCUCGUGCCGGGACUAAUGGCGGUUGUGUCGUCGCUUUCUGUUAUUUAUGAAAAAAAAGAAGAAAAAAAUUUAAAAAAUGUUGUUAGUUUUUCAUGAAAUUUCUUUUAAAACGCGUAAAUUUGACGGAUUAUUACUUCUCUCU